AUGGACGCCAAUAAGACAAUGAGCAUUGAACGUGAGAAGAGGAUGAUUGACUUGUUAACUGUAUUCAAACAGAUAAAGAGGAAUGAAUCAAUUGCAAAGAAUAUGCAUAGUGGACGUAGAACACUGAUAAAGAGAUUGAAUCUGAUGAGAGGACGUUUCUUCUAUCCAGCUACAGUGCAUCGUCGUGUUGUACCAUCCUAUUGCACAUUGGUUAGGAACACUGCCAUCAACUCAUUGACAGAGGAUGAACCCUCUGACGAGUUGAUCAUGAAGAAGAUCGUUGAGGUCAAGAAGUCAAUGGAUAUGGACAAUGCCAAGGGCAUGGUCGGACAGUUGUUCCAAAACUAUGGAAUGCCCUCGUUCCAAAAGGCAAUGAUGGAGAAUGGAAUUGGCGCUGAUGGUGACGACAGCGAGGAUGAUGACGAAGAGGAUGACGACGAGGAGGAGGAAGAUGACGAACAAAUGGAGGAUGAUGAGGAUGAGGAGGAUGACGAAUAA